UGAGAGUAGAAAUUGCUCAUUGAUAUUGUGAAACCUACAUUAGUUUUCAGUAGGACAGGCCACCAAACGCAUAUCUUUUCAAGGUCUUCUUCAUUGAUAGAUUUCGAAAUUAAUAUUUCGGUAUACCGCAUCAACCUAGAAGGGACCCGCCAAAACGGCACGGUUGCGCCCAUUGUCGGAGUAGUCGACUGAACGUGGAAAAAUUUUCGCGGUUGUCCUUAAAAAAAGAUAAUGCCUCAGCGUUUAAGAAAACAGUGUCGCCUGAAAGAAAAAUUGGGCGACGAUCUACAGGUCUUGAAGCCAACCCUCGCUGCUGAAUCGGAAGAUACGUUAGUCAAGCGUGUUAAGGCUCGACGAAAAAAAUCGGAUGCGACCCUUGUUCCUGAGUUCACAUUCACGGUUUCUCCGGAGCCGACCGUCGUUCUUAGUAUAGACGAUGAAAAGACCAGAGGCAAUAGCCGGAUGCAAUUGCGAACUCGAGGCGUUCGGGAGGCUGAUUGCUCUGACUACGCGACCCCAACAUCGAAAAGCAACAAACAGGGUGCGCGAUUUCCCAAUGAAAAUAAGGUCGCCUGUAUUGAGUCAGAACUAUCACAGAAUCCAGAUUCCGCGAAAGGCGAUCGCGGGAGCGGUGCGAACAAAAGUAUCCUCGAGGAUCUCACGAACAACCGGUCUACAGCAGGAAAACGAAGUAAACGUCACAAGUCGAAGGUUUCUGCUUCGGCCGCGAACUACGGAGAGGCCGAUGAGGGUACCGAAGUAGUAUUCAGAGGUGCUCUCCAUGAGAGUGGAACAGCGAAUGAUAAUGCUAAUGCAUUUCAAGAUUGUGCCGAACUCUCUAAUAGUAACAGUCUCACAACAGAAAAUAUAGCAGAAAACAAAAAUAGAGAAGAGAAUGAAAUGAAGGUCGAGGUGGUCAAGAAUAUGAAACCCCCCAAAGCAGAAGGGGCGAUCUUUAGCCCUAACGUCAUUACUGAUCGUCAUAGUCAGACUAGUCUACCUGCUGAUAACGCAACUUCCUCUGAGAAGCAAGAUGAAUCGCUUAAUCAAAGUUCUAAUGAUGUAUUUUUGAAUCAAUUGGCAAAGUGCAAUGUGGAGAAUACGAAAGUGAACAACACUUGUGAACAGAUUAACCCAAAAGCCGUGGACACGUAUUUAAAAAUACAAGUGACAUUAGGCAAUCCUAAAAGCGACAGCAAUCGUGUAGCAUCACCAGUUACGGAGCAGACGACAGAGAAAACGCAAGAGGAGCACAAAAGCAGUCAAGAUUUGUCAUUUGAAAGCAGGGAAAUACGCAAAAAAAUCCAAGAUCGUCUUGAAGGAAACUCUAGUGAUGAUGAUUCAUUAUGCUUCGGGCCAGCAAAUGAUCACCGUAGUGAGGCGGGGACGCUGUUCGACACUUUACUUCAAGAAAGAAAUGGUUCACUUAAUCAGGACAAAGCGGUGCAACCUAACAAAGAAAUUAUUUCUUUAAGCGCAGAUGUUGCAGCUAAAGGACAGCAUGGAACCAAAAGCGAGACUAAAACAUCGGAUGUUCAAAAUAAACUAUCUGACCAGUCACAAAUGCCUUUUGUAAUUGUGCGACGACUUCCUGACAUCGAGGCUGCUUCCGAUGUUGGUGAGGCUCAGAUUGAUGGCUCCGCGGCACUUGAGGAUAACCUUAUUCCGCGAUUUGGACGUCUCAAAAAAAACUCAGCAGAAUUUAAACACCCUCUGCCUCCUCACAUGGCAGCGCACAAACGAAUGUCUGUGAAUGCCUCUCCAGCUAGUUUUACCAGCGACGAGGGAGCAGCCACUUCUGACCUGCAAAUAUUUGCAGGGGCGGCCGUGCGCCAAGCUCUUACAGUGUUGGAGGAUCCAAGUCAUGAAACUCUGACGCCCCGUCAAUCUGAAGAAAUUAUUGUGCCACUACCCGAAGAAUGCGCCAGCAGGGAAGGUUCAAUCGAUUCGGAUGCCGACAUAGAUGUCAUGAUGCAAUCAAAAUUUGUCGGUACGAGCAAAUCAGUGUCAGCGUUUUUGGAACAAAGCUAUGGCACAACGAUGAUGCCUACGCCAGCGUUACCCAGUCGCCAUAGCGUUGCAACUAGUAUGACCGGUCAUGUCCGGGCUCCUCAGCAAGAAUCAGUUGAAGAUCAAGAGAACAACACCUUUGAACUUGUCCUUGACGAUGCAGAUGCUCAUGUUUCGUCAGCUAAGCAGAACCCAUCGAUAACCAGUUUUGAAGAGCCAAAUUCAGCGAAGCUGAAGAGCCCCGAUAGUCACGCGCCUAAUUCAGAUUCGUAUAGAGGUUCAAGUGACUUUUAUAUGAAAACUAAUGAAGAAAAACAGCUGGCUCAAAGAGCGGACACAAAUUCAGCUACAUGCAAGGAAAGCAUGCAGCAAAAGCAAGCAGCAAGUAUUGUAUUGACUAAUCAAGGAACGUUAAUGCAUGAAUCUAUUGUCGAAGUCAAACAAGAAAACUGUGCUAACGUCCAGUGUGAUACACGUAGAAGAUAUGCGUUUCCCAUUUCCACCAACAUUUAUCCAGAAGAGGAAGAAGAUCCUGAUUUUGUUUCCGAUGAAACAGAAGAACUGCGAGCUCCACGCAAGUAUAAAUUAGAAUCUACAAGACUGCCUGGCGGAGAGGCACCUUCCGACAUAGUUUUCAUUAUAUCAGAUGACGAAAAUAAGUUGACACUACAGGAAACUGACAAAGUAGUUAUCGUUGACAACUGCAGAGUUGUCAAUGAUAAGAAUUUCCAACUGAAGCAGAAUAGUCUACACCGAAAUGACAUGGCGGUUGCUACAGGACCCUCACUUUUUGAAAAAUUCGGGGAAGCUUUACCCCAGUCGUUCCGUCUUCUUAUCAAUGAAAAAUUUGAUGAGAAAGUGUCAUUGAGAAGCGAACACAAUACACAGCAACAAAAUAUUUUAUCAGGUAAUAGUCAUAUAGAGAAUAGCCGACGUACUCCCACUGGAACAAUGAAAGGACUUACUGACUUGCAGAAUCAAAUCCACGUGGAAUCUGGUCAGACAGAAAAUGUUCAACUAUGCGCUGUGAAAAAUGGGAGUUCCACGUUAGCUGAAGUCGAACAGCAUCAUAUGGAACGUGAUAGUUCCGUUCAACCCCACGUCAAUUAUGAUGACGGCACUCACAAGAACGAUGCUGCAGCAAAGACGCAAGGAGGCGUUCAAAGAGCAGGACUGGACGUGCAUUUAACCAACGCGUCUAAACAUCUCGUCUCAGACUCAAUAAUCGACGCGAAUUCGACGACUUCUUUGAAAAUAUUGCAAAGCGGGAGAAAUUUUGGAGAUGAUGUAACAUCUUCUGGCAAAAGUCUAAUGGAAGAAGGUUUGAAAGUUGACAGCAAUAGGUGCCGAGAAACGUUUAACGUCACAUCCAAAUCCACACCAAUCGACCCGUUUCAUCUUCGAGGAGAGAAAACCUUGAAGGACUUGAUAUCCUACGGUUUAGUUCGUAUGCCCUUUCUCGGAUUAAAUACGACUUCUCAUACAGUAUCGACGCCUUCACUGCAAAUGUGCGGUGAUCAAGAAUGUAUUGGUGCUAUUGGCGCUUCAGCAUCCGGACCAGCAUGUUUAUUGAAGAAGGCGCUUAAUGCGCAAACACCGACCAGCACUUAUUGCCUUAAUCGAUAUAGGAUUGCGGAGAGUAAGCCACAUGAUGGUAAUCUUGGGAACGUGUUUUCUCCACAACUCCCUGUAGGUGAAGGGGGACCAUUACGUCGUCGGUAUUUGUUCCAGGAAGAGUUAGACGACAUAAAGGACCUCCUACCGGACCUGGGUUCUCCUCCCCCAACAGUUGCUAGACGUCGUCUGGCUAAAGGCUUCAUGCUCGAUUCAAAUAGACUACCACAUUUUAAUGAAUCGUACGUCGAGGUUGGUUACAGUGGUGCAGAGUUGAAAAUCUGUGGAGAAGAACUCUUUGCUACUGCUGUUAAACAGGUCAUAGAAAGCAAGCCUGGGAUUUCCAGGUGCAUACGGCGGGCCCUUGAAAAGCGUAUUUUACCUGAUUAUGAGGAGAGCUUGAAAGAGAUUAUGGUGCUCCUGGUUAAGAAAGCAGCAUUGCGCGACCAAAUCACGCCCUUCCAGGAGGAACAUAUGCGAAAGCAGAAAAGAUUAGAACACGCUCGAAACUUUAUCAACGCCACGGUGGAAAAGCUUUUGCCUGAGGGCGAAAAUGACGUCAUCAAGGUGCUAGGAUUCAACCCUUAUGACGGACAAAUGCCCCCCUCAGAAUCGGCUCGGAAAUCGACAAUUCGGCGACUACAGGAAACAGAAACGCAUGCUCCCAGCAGGAAAAAGUCUAAGAAUUCUCCAAUCAACACAACGUUCACAGAGCAUAAAUAAUUCAAUAAAUGUAUAUACUCAGUAGAGCUAAAAGACAUCAUAAUAGGUUCAAAAUUCUCAGAUCCCAUAUAUUUUAGUUUAAAGUUACGACAUUAGAACGACGCAUUGUUUGCUGUCAUUUUUUAGAGUAAGCCUUUACCAUUUGCAAACGACGAAACAUAUUUGGCAAUCGACAGAGCUCGCGACACUUCCAGUGGUCACAGAGAAAUACGCAGCUUAGUCGCAGACAUUUGCUAAUAAAAUUCAGCUAUGCCGAUGAAUAUAAUAUAGAUAAUAGUUCUUGAUAAUAUCUUCUAAUUUUUUCAGCAACGAAAUUCUAUUUUGUUAGUUUGAUGUAAUAGCAAUAACACAGGGCAAUGUCACCCAGGAACGGACGUCUGAAGUUGUAAAAUUCGUCCUAGAAAAAGGAAUAUGCAAACAAAUAAACGAGAAGAAAACCGA